AGAAGAGACAACUGUCGUGGGCGUGACAUUUAAGACGCGUCGCGCGCGGAAAUCGCGCCGACCAUCCCUAUCGCAUGUACAUGACUGACAAAUUUGCUAGGUCUGACCGAGAACGAGGUCACGGCUCGGAGAAAGAAGUAUGGUCUCAAUCAGAUGAAGGAAGAGAAAGAGAACAUGAUUCUCAAGUUCCUCUCGUACUUCGUCGGCCCUAUCCAGUUCGUUAUGGAGGCUGCCGCCGUCCUGGCUGCUGGUCUCGAGGACUGGGUUGAUUUCGGUGUCAUCUGCGGUUUGCUUCUGCUUAACGCCUGUGUUGGUUUCAUCCAGGAGUUCCAGGCUGGUUCUAUUGUCGACGAAUUGAAGAAGACACUUGCCCUCAAGGCCGUUGUCCUCCGUGACGGCACCCUCAAGGAAAUCGAGGCCCCCGAGGUCGUCCCCGGCGAUAUUCUGCAGGUCGAGGAAGGUACCAUUAUUCCGGCUGAUGGGCGCAUCGUCACCGAGGAUGCUUUCCUCCAGGUCGAUCAGUCCGCCAUCACCGGUGAAUCCCUUGCUGUUGACAAGCACAAGGGCGACCAAUGUUACGCCUCAUCUGCUGUCAAGCGUGGCGAGGCCUUCAUCGUCGUUACCGCCACCGGUGAUAACACGUUCGUCGGUCGCGCCGCCGCCCUGGUGAACGCCGCCUCUGCCGGAACUGGCCAUUUCACCGAGGUGCUCAAUGGCAUCGGCACUAUCCUCCUCAUCUUGGUUAUCUUCACCAACUUGGUCGUCUGGAUCAGCUCCUUCUACCGCUCAAACCCGAUCGUCCACAUUCUCGAGUUCACCCUUGCCAUUACCAUCAUCGGCGUCCCUGUCGGUCUUCCCGCUGUCGUCACCACCACCAUGGCUGUCGGCGCUGCUUACCUUGCCCGGAAGAAGGCCAUCGUCCAGAAGCUCUCCGCCAUCGAGUCCUUGGCCGGUGUCGAGAUUCUCUGCUCUGACAAGACCGGUACCCUGACCAAGAACAAGCUCUCUCUUGCCGACCCCUACACCGUGGCUGGCGUCGAUCCCGAGGACCUCAUGUUGACCGCCUGUCUCGCUGCCUCGCGCAAGAAGAAGGGUAUGGAUGCCAUCGACAAGGCCUUCCUGAAGUCUCUCCGUUACUACCCCAGAGCCAAGGGUGUCCUGUCCAAGUACAAGGUCAUUGACUUCCAUCCGUUCGACCCUGUCAGCAAGAAGGUCGUUGCCCUCGUCGAAUCUCCCCAGGGUGAGCGCAUUACCUGCGUUAAGGGUGCGCCGCUGUUCGUCCUCAAGACCGUCGAGGAGGACCACCCUAUCCCCGAUGAGGUCGAUCAGGCGUACAAGAACAAGGUCGCUGAGUUCGCUACUCGUGGUUUCCGCUCGCUCGGUGUCGCCCGCAAGCGUGGUGAGGGCUCUUGGGAAAUCCUCGGCAUCAUGCCCUGCUCCGACCCGCCCCGUCACGACACUGCCCGCACUAUCAACGAAGCCAAGUCCCUGGGUCUCUCCAUCAAGAUGCUUACUGGUGAUGCCGUCGGUAUCGCAAGGGAGACCUCCCGUCAACUCGGCCUCGGUACCAAUGUCUACAAUGCUGAGCGCCUCGGUCUCGGUGGCGGUGGUGACAUGCCCGGCUCUGAGGUAUACGACUUCGUCGAGGCCGCUGAUGGUUUCGCCGAAGUGUUCCCCCAGCACAAGUAUAAUGUCGUCGAAAUUCUGCAGCAGCGUGGCUACCUCGUUGCCAUGACUGGUGAUGGUGUCAACGAUGCUCCCUCGCUUAAGAAGGCUGACACAGGUAUUGCCGUCGAGGGUGCCUCCGAUGCUGCCCGAUCCGCUGCCGAUAUUGUCUUCCUUGCCCCCGGCUUGGGCGCCAUCAUCGACGCGUUGAAGACCUCUCGCCAGAUUUUCCACCGCAUGUAUGCUUACGUGGUCUAUCGUAUCGCUCUCUCUAUCCAUCUCGAGAUCUUCCUUGGUCUCUGGAUUGCCAUCCUCAACCGCAGUCUUAACAUCGAGCUCGUCGUCUUCAUCGCCAUCUUUGCCGAUGUCGCCACCCUUGCCAUCGCUUAUGACAACGCGCCAUACAGCAAGACCCCCGUCAAGUGGAACCUGCCUAAACUCUGGGGAAUGAGUGUUCUUCUCGGAGUCGUCCUCGCUAUCGGCACCUGGAUUGCCACCACGACCAUGUAUGUCGGCUCCGAGAACGGCGGUAUCGUCCAGAACUUCGGUCAGAUGGAUGAGGUCAUCUUCCUCGAAGUCAGCUUGACUGAGAACUGGCUCAUCUUCAUCACCCGUGCAAAUGGUCCCUUCUGGUCGUCCAUUCCCUCGUGGCAGCUUGCUGGUGCCAUUCUCGUGGUCGACAUCAUCGCGACCUGCUUCACCAUCUGGGGUUGGUUCCUCCACGGCCAGCAGACCUCGAUUGUUGCCGUUGUCCGUAUCUGGAUCUUCAGCUUCGGCGUCUUCUGCAUCAUGGGUGGAGUGUACUACAUCCUCCAGGGCAGCGUUGGCUUCGACAACCUCAUGCACGGAAAGUCCCCCAAGGGCAACCAAAAACAGCGAUCGCUGGAAGACUUUGUUGUCUCGCUCCAGCGCGUGUCUACCCAGCACGAGAAGUCGCAAUAGACGAGAGAUUCCUCGUGACCAUGGCGAAGAAUUUUAGCGACAUGGUGGAUUGGUCAAAUCGACCCCUUUUUUCUAUGUGUAAAUUUGUAACUAUGCUUGAGGGGAGAUAAAAGUUUCAUACCCCCACAACAGUUCCUUAGACGAAACUAAUCCUAAAGCAUAAAUUUUA